AUGGAAAGCAACCCCAAAUUUCUGAAGACCCUGAAGGGGGGUCUGGUGCUCAGGGCCACACCUGCGGCCCUGGGUGCCCCCAAACCCCCGCCAGGAGCCAGGGCCAAAGCGGCACAGGAGGUGGAGGCUGAGGCACGGGCCCACGUCGUCUCCCAGGGCGCUGACCCCAGUACGGACCUGCUGGUGCUGAGCCAGCACCGGCUCCAGUUUGGGAAGUACUGGGGUCAGACGUUCAAGUGGCUACUGGAGAACGACGUGGGCUACACCCUCCCGCUCGUAUACUCCCAUCAGAAGGAGCGGGAGAGGAGCAGCUCACAGUCGGCGCUCAUGGCCAACAAGGACGCCCUCACUCGCUACGCACACGCCUUUCCUGAGUUUUUGGAGGCACUCAGGUUCCACCAGGCGUGUGACGUAGCGAGAGUCCGGGCCUCCCAGCCCGGACAUGAGGGCGAGGCCCUUGUUGGCUUCGGCGAGCACAAGGGUGAGCGGCUCCAGGACCUGUAUGACGCCAAGGACAAGGAGAGAGUCGGUUUCGUCAAGUGGCUGAGGAGAAAGACACCGCAGCCGGGGAGUCAGAUGGAUGCUGCCCUAAAGUACAUCCGCAUGAGAGACCACAAGGUGGCGGCGGCAGCAGGAGCGGGGGGCCCUACAUCCACCCAUGCGGCCUCCACUCCAGUGCCCAUCCUGCCGCCCCCCUCCCGUCCGGCCAGCCAGGCUCAAAAGGGGCGUCUUGGUGAGGUGGUCUCUCAGUGCUUAGGGCAGCAGAGACCCCUGACUCCCCAGGCGCUGCAGGCAAAGGUGAUGAAGGUCAUCAAGCCGUCCCUAAAGCCUGCAGCACCAGCGGUGUCUAUUCCUCAGCGGCCAGCUCAGGACAGUUUCACAGACGCUGAGCUGGCCGGAUUGUGUCCCCCUGGCUGGCGUGGCACGCUCAGCACUGCACAGCAACAGUGGAUCGGCCGGGUGCUCUUCGUCUGGAAAAACAACCGAGCGGAGGUUCGUCCAGAUCUCCAGCUCUGGUACGAGCCUCCGCAGCCCCGGCCGAUCUACAACCAGCCACCCGCAUCGCCAGACGCCUUCUUCGCUUGUCGGCUGUUCCUCUGGAUGCCCGUUCGCUUAUGGGCAUUCAAGCUGACAUGCCCCCAGCCUGCCUGCAAUGGCAAAAUGCACAAGGCUGGGGUGUACACCAAGACCAUCCGGAAGGUCUUAGACAUCGAUGCCUGGUAUCUCAUGGCCACUGAGUACCUGGCAUGCUCUCGGUGUACGAAGAAGGUUGUGGCAUGGUCACAGGGCAUCGUGAGGCAGCUGGAUGCAGCCCACCGCUGCUUGUUUCCAGCUGUCCUCACCUACAAGUUGUCCUGUGACCUGCGGGUAGUUACCAUGCUGAGGGAGCGCGCUUUGGGGAACAGCGCCACUCAGCUCUACACUAAGCUGUGUGAGAGCCACAGCGAAGCCUGGAUGCGGCGCGCGAUGCAGUACCUCGGCGAGUGCGAGCACUUCCUGGCCUUGGGCACCGGGCGGCGGCAGUUUCCACCACCACCAGCCAUGCCGCCGGUGCCCUCGCCCGUCUGGCUGCUGACCGUCUACAGCAUGGACGUGCUGUCGCGGCUGGACGAGGUGAAGGCCAGGGUCACCUCAGUGUUUGGGUCCAUCUUGAAGAUGGACUCAACCAAGAAGGUGACCAAGAAGCUCGCUGGUACCGCUGCCAACACGGCCGCCUGGGUUACCAACGUUGGGAAUGAGCACGGGCAGGUCCUCGUGAGCGUGCUCACCAGCGCUGAGAGCGUGGACCUGCUGCUCCCCAUGGCGGCCGGGCUACAGGAGCGGUACCGACUCGCCGGGGUGCCUCCACCCCAGCUGAUCUACGUGGACCGGGACUGUUGCUCCAGCUUCGGCGGAUCCAAGACAGCUGCCUUGUUCGCCAACUGGGACCGGCUGGUGGUUCGGCUGGACAUCUGGCACCUGAUGCGGCGGUUCGCAGCAGGUGUCACCACUGAGAGCCACCAGCUGUACGGUCCCUUCAUGAGGCAGCUGUCUUCCUGCAUCUUUGAAUGGGAUGCAGCAGACGUCCGUCGAUUGCUGGAGGGUAAGCGGUCCCAGCUGGAGGUGGAGCAGGGGAUGGUCGGCCUGACCGACGGGGAGGUCUUCAGCCGGGUCUCGAAGAAGGAGAUGGGCCGCCACUGCCGUCGCCGCACGCGUGGAGCGGCGGAGACGGAACUGCGGCUCAUCGACCUGCUGGAGGCCUUCGGCGGUGAGAAAGGACUCGACACCCUGGGCAUCCCCAUCCUGGACAGCAGCCGCAUCCAGGCGAUCUGGCAAGAGCAGAGGCGUCACCUCCACUGCAUCCAGGAUCCACCCGGUGUGGAUCUGUACACGGAGACCGGCAGGCUGACCAAGGGCAGCGUCAGUCUGCCGGUUUAUCGCUGCGCGCGCGGUUCAACAUCGCUGGAGUCGUUCCACCUCCAUAUAAACCGGUUCAUCCCAGGAACAUCAGCGAACGAUGUACACUUUCAGGCGUUCCUGCUGGAUGGACUGGUGAGGUGGAACGAGAACCGCGCCGCAGCGGCAGUGGAGGGACGGGAGCAGCCUCUGCUCUCCUACAGUGGCCACCUGCAGCACUCCCUUAACCAGCUCAGCCAACGGGUGCUUGGCGUGAGUCUGGUUAAGGAUCACACCGCCCCAAGGGAGUACACAGGAGAACUCCUGGGGGUGGAGUACCUGUACUCCCAGACAGGCAGAGUGCUGCAGGACGCCAGCGUGGACCCUGACGUUCCGGACGAGGAAGCCGCCAUCCAGGAGCUCGAUGUGGAGGACGAGGGCUUUGAAGAGGCAGGCGACGAUGAGGAUGACCCUACCAUCCAUGUCGACCUGCCUCUUCCCGACGCCUCGUCCUCCAGCUCAGCGGCGGCAACUCGGUCAGGCGUUCACGCUGGUGCACCCAGGUCUGGGCCAUCCGUUCCGGGCGCCCCCCCUGACAAUGACAGCGAGAACCCUCCUGAGGCCCCGGAGAUGAUGGCCCAGACCAACCUACAGCUGUUUCAGCUAAAUCAAAGGACAUUGUCCCAAUGGUACUGCAUGCGUCAGAGGGAAAGGGAGAGGGCCAUCCUCCUACAGGACUUGGUCCCCCCUGCUCCUGGACCAAGCCUUGCUGCCCAGCCUCUCCCUGCUGCCAGGCCCCUCCACUAUCAGCAGGAGGGACACCGGCAGCCCUUUGCCUUCCUGACGCCGCAGGACCUCGCACGCCAGGCUACCCAGCAGCGACGGCCCGCCCCAGUGCCCAUUCCGCCAGCCCAGCCCCCAGCCUCAACUGCUCUCUCCCAGGACAAUGUCGAGACAGUCUCCCGUACCACUGCCUGGAGGAAACGAAAGAGGGAGGAGGCGGUGGCGGCGGGUGGCACCGACCAGCCCCGGAAGGCCACAAGACAAUUUCUGUGUAGCAAGUGUGGGCUGCCGAAGAGGAAAGACACAGGACACAGCCACUUCGGCGGCUCCUACUUUUGCUCUGUGUCCUCCGGCGGGAAGAGCGUUGAGGUGUGGCUGGCGGAACAGAGAGACGCUAGUAAGGGGGCGAAGUGA